AUGAGUGGUCCAUGGAGGAAAAUAGAGAAUGAAGAAGGAUAUCCUUAUUAUUUGAAUGAACUUACAAAUGUUAAGCAGUGGGAUCACCCUAAAUUUGUUGAUAUAAGACAACGCAUAGACGAUUGCAAUUAUGUAAAAUAUUCAGUAUACAGGGUAGCGUUGAAAUUUAGAGUUUUACAAAACGCCUUGCAUAUGGAAGAAGUGCCAUUGUCAGUUAUAGCAGAAGUAUUUGAAAGGCAUCGGCUGGGGGCCAAUGAAAGUUCCUUGUGCCUUGAAAGCUGCGAUUUGGAAGCAGUUUUAUCAGAUGUAUAUUUUGCAGCAAAUAAAAAAAACCACAUGAACAUUGAUAUAGAUUUCGCUACUGAAUUGAUGUUAAACUUUUUAUAUAAUGUUUAUGACAAAGAUAGGAAAGGGAAAAUUCAGGUAGCCUCUACGAAAAUUGUAUUAGCACUAUUGGGUAACUGCACUUCUAUUGAAUUGUAUAAGUUCAUAUUUCAGUUAUGUGCAGAUCAUAACAAUUGUGUUACUAGACUGAGGUUGCAGUCUAUGUUGUUAAAAAUUGUAGAGAUUACAAAUUUCCUCCAUGAGGAUGUUAGUUUUGGGUCACAUUUGAUUAACACCUCUAUAGAAAAUUGCUUCAGUAAUUCUCCAGGUUUAGUUGGCAUAAAUGAGAGUAUGUUUAUAACUUGGUUAGAGAAAGGGCCUAAAAUUUUCUCAUGGAUACCACUACUACAUAGGAUUAAAAUUGCAGAACCAGUUAUGCAUUCAGUAACAUGUACCACCUGCAAAACAAACCCUCUAAUGGGCUUACGAUACAAGUGCAUGAAAUGUUCAAGGUACACUCAGUGUCAAAGGUGCUUUUUCACUGGAAGAACAAGUCAUGCGCAUAAACUAACCCACUCCAUGAGAGAAUACUGCACCCAGUCAAACGAUUAUGGCCAUACAUUUAUCAAAAAAAUAUGUGGUUUGUUGUAUUGCUCUCAGAAGAUAAAUAACUCGACUGUGGUGGAGACAAAACCUUUAUGUUCUGACAGAAAUUACUUGCCAAAAUCUUAUUCCAAAGAGAUUUUGUGUGACAUAGAACCACUGUCGUCUCCUCAAACACAACUGCAAGUUAUUAUUAGACAACUUGAAAUGCAGAACCGAGAGCUGCAGCAGAUCUUACUGUUGGGAAGCCACAAUGAUAAGGACAUCAGAAGGUACCUGGAAGAGCAUAGAAUUCAUGUUGCGGCUCAAAUUCAAAAACUAAAAAUUCUGAAAGAGUAUCUUAAAAUUCCUCCCAAUUCACCAUCAAAAGAUACAAGGAUGAGUCAAGAGACGGUUGCUGUAGAAUCCACUCCAAUGGUGCAAACUAUAAACAGACCCCAUAUGAGUGUAGGCAUGGAGUUAUUUAGUCCUAUACAGUCGAUAACUGAAAAUGACCAAAGAGGAAAUCAUGUAGGUACCAGACCUCCAAAUUUUAACAAAGACAUUACACAAACCAGCAGUGUUCCAUAUGGUAUUGAUGAUAUGAGCACAUGGGUCGGAGGCCAACCGACAACUUCCAACGAUAUAUCAGCACUGCCCGAGAAAAGGAUGUUUCCAAGAAAAUCGCCUGUAAGAGAACUGCACAAUGAUCUGGAUGAUGCUCUGGCAAAACUUCAGCAAAUAUUAGCAAAUAAUUUCUCGUUAGAUGAAUCCUUGGGUCACAUAGAUAAUACAAACCUGAAAUAUGCUGUGUCAGAGGUCGAAGGUAUGCUUACUUCAUUUAUUGAUAGUGUUGAGACUAGCAGAGGAAGUUCUGUGAGGUCGCAUCGGUUAAAAUUCGACAAAGAAUCUGAAAUUAUAGAGCAGUGUUCGUAG